AUGUCAUAUAUUGAUAAUGUAGUUAAUGUUGUAUCAGAUGGUAAUUGUGGAUUUAGAGUCAUUGCUUCAUUGCAUGGAUAUGGUGAAGAUCGUUGGCCAAUGGUUCGUCGAGACUUGAGAUUGGAAAUAAUACAUAAUGAAAGGUCAAGUUUGUAUGCCAAUUUAUUUACUGAUCAGUUAUCAGUAGUGAGAGAACCUUUGAUGAUAGAGGAAUUUGGUCCUCAACCACCACAUAAAUGGUUAACUCUACCAGAUAUGGGUUACGUGAUAGCAAAUCCAAUUUACUGCAUUGGUUUUGUAAACAGAAAUUAUUGGGUUCAGGUAAACAUGAAAGAAGGAUUUCCAUUUCCACUAGUGACAUUAGAUUGGAAUAAGUUUCGUUCUUCAGCAGCAACAUCUUGGAUGCUAGGAUUUGCAGGACGUCUACAACAUUGGCAACAACUUACGCAUAUAUUACCAACGCAUUAUGAAUUAUAA